CCGUGAACCCUAAUUCCCCAUCAUCUUCGUGAACUACUGAAAGGUGAACGACUGAGCGGAAGACCACCACACUCCACAAAGAAAGCUCGCGGUGAACGACUGAGCGGAAGACCACCACACUCCACAAAGAAAGCUCGUCCACCACCAGCAGAAAAGGUUUGCAUAGCGUAUAACAAAAAGAGAUGAAGACCUUUACCUACCUGCUCCAUCAUGGAAAAAGUUUAAAGACAAGGAAACCAUUGAAGGUGAAGAGCAGAAUAACAAAGAAAAGGAAAGAGGUUACUCUUAUGAACAAGGUGCCGGUGAACAUUCAACGUUUCUCAGUCGUGUUUACGAGUGCCAAAGCCUAUCGAUACAAGGAAAUAAAUAGUAACAAGAAGACAAAAGGGAGCAACAAAAAAAAAUUCCAGCUCCUGGAAGAUACGUGGGGCUUUCACGGUCUUUGGCCGCGUCCCAAAAAAAGCAUGCUACCCUUGCAAGGUGACAGUAUUCGAGAGACCGAUCCAUCCAUUCAACAGUUCCAAAAUUUGUGGAAGCCGCUAGACUCCAAAACUAAUUACAAGUUUAUGACCUAUGAAUGGUCGACCCAUGGCCGGCACCAGGCGAAAGUCAAUUACAAUGAUUACUUCGAGUUGGGCCAUAACAUGGCCACAAGACUCAAGAGCUUCAAAGAUGACAUCGCCCGUGCAUAUAGCAACAUUGAUGAGACGCUGAAGGGAACCAAAACUAUUGGGGACGUCAAGUGGAGAUGUGCUCCGGCAUUUGCGUUAUCAAUGGAGCUUGAAAAGAUUCUCGGCUAUCAUCCUGAACUCAAAGCCUCAAUGAUUUGUGGAAAUCUUCAUCUAUUUGAGGUGCUGGUUGAUGUUGAUUACAAUACGACCAUAAAGAACUACGAGGUGCUCAAAAAAGGAGCUAAAUUCACUAACUGUGCUGAUAAUGACAUUUUGUAUUUUUAGUAGAAGAGGUUAGGUGUGCACCAGUUCUUUUAUGGUUGAACUUUGUAGAAGCUUACUUAAAAUACUACAAUGAUGUGUCCACUUGUCAUGUUUAAUUGCCUCUUUUUUUUUUUUGUAUUUCCCCACCCCUCUAGUGGGAUGAUACUGGUUAACAAUUUUAGUGGAUGGAUGUUUUUAUGCUCUUUGAUCAAAGGUUAUAUAAGUCAGCUCUCUCUUUGUUUAAGAAAUGACUUAUAAAUGU